GGCGCGAGGGUCGCUCCACUCCGACUCGACUAUCUCCGCCCAUCUGAAUCCUUGCAGUGGCGGAGGGUGUCGACGAAGGGAAAGAGAAAGGCAGUGCGGAUCCCUCUAGUCACUCCCAGCGCUGCCUCGGCCAACCUCUCCCGUGUGCCCGUUUGCGGACUCCUAAACGUGGUGAACUUCAUUGCCUUUCCUUUUCAUCGGGCUUCUCCUCCGGAAGCCAGCCCAUGUGGACGCCAGCGGCCGCCAGUGAGUGAGCCAGUGAGAGAAGAAGAGAGGGAACAACACCUACGGAAAAAAGAGAGAGAGAGAAGGAACAAAAGAAAGGAGAGAGAGAGGAGGCACGUAAGAGAGAAACCGACCGCGAGAGAGACCACCUCUCCAGCCGGCAGGCACCCCCUCCACCCUUGCUCCCCCCCUCACCUCACCUCACCUCACCUCACCUGACCCCGCCCCCUCCUCGCCCGUGACCCUUGACCCUUAACCCACCCCACCGUAACCAUGUCGACGGUGGCGGCCGAGCCCAUGGAGCACAUGGAGCUGCAGCAGCAGUAUACGGGCGACUCGACGGUCAACAACCGCUGGCAACCGGACGACGACUGGGACAAUGAGAACAGCUCGGCACGCCUCUUCGAGCGCUCUAGGAUCAAGGCCCUCGCCGAUGAGCGUGAGGCGGUGCAGAAGAAGACCUUCACCAAAUGGGUCAACUCCCACCUGUCGCGCGUCUCCUGCCGCAUCACCGACCUCUACCUGGACCUGAGGGAUGGACGAAUGCUCAUCAAACUACUGGAGGUGCUGUCUGGAGAGAGACUGCCCAAGCCCACCAAGGGCCGCAUGCGUAUCCACUGCCUGGAGAACGUGGACAAGGCGCUGCAGUUCCUCAAGGAGCAGCGUGUGCACCUGGAGAACAUGGGAUCCCACGACAUCGUCGACGGCAACCACCGCCUCACGCUCGGACUCAUCUGGACCAUCAUCCUUCGCUUCCAGAUCCAGGACAUCAGUGUGGAGACGGAGGACAACAAGGAGAAGCGUUCUGCCAAGGACGCGCUGCUGCUCUGGUGCCAGAUGAAGACGGCGGGCUACCAGAAUGUCAACAUUCACAACUUCAGCACGAGCUGGAGGGACGGCAUGGCUUUCAACGCCCUCAUCCACAAACACAGGCCGGAUCUCAUUGACUUUGACAAGCUGAAGAAGUCCAAUGCCCACCACAACCUGCAGAACGCAUUCAACCUGGCCGAGCAGCACCUGGGGCUCACCAAGCUACUGGACCCCGAGGAUAUCAGCGUGGACCACCCAGAUGAGAAGUCCAUCAUCACCUACGUGGUGACGUACUACCACUACUUCUCCAAGAUGAAGGCCCUGAAGGUGGAGGGCAAGCGUAUCGGCAAGGUGCUGGACAACGCCAUCGAGACGGAGAAGAUGAUUGAGAAGUACGAGUCGCUGGCCUCGGACCUGCUGGAGUGGAUCGAGCAGACCAUCAUCAUCCUCAACAACCGCAAGUUCGCCAACUCACUAGUGGGGGUGCAGCAGCAGCUGCAGGCCUUCAACACCUACCGCACCGUGGAGAAACCACCCAAGUUCACAGAGAAGGGCAACCUGGAGGUGCUGCUCUUCACCAUCCAGAGCAAGAUGAGGGCCAACAACCAGAAGGUCUACAUGCCACGCGAGGGCAAGCUCAUCUCUGACAUCAACAAGGCCUGGGAGCGUCUGGAGAAGGCGGAGCAUGAGCGUGAGCUGGCGUUGAGGACGGAGCUGAUUCGCCAGGAGAAGCUGGAGCAACUGGCACGCCGUUUCGACCGCAAGGCCGCCAUGAGGGAGACCUGGCUCAGCGAGAACCAGAGACUCGUCUCACAGGACAACUUUGGCUUCGACCUGCAGGCGGUGGAGGCGGCCACCAAGAAGCACGAGGCCAUCGAGACGGACAUCGCCGCCUACGAGGAGCGCGUGCAGGCCGUGGUGGCCGUGGCGACCGAGCUGGAGGCCGAGAACUACCACGACAUCAAGCGCAUCAACGCGCGCCGCGACAACGUGCUGCGCCUCUGGGAGUACCUGCUGGAGCUGCUGAAGGCGCGACGCCACCGGCUGGAGAUGAACCUCGGCCUGCAGAGAGUCUUCCAGGAGAUGCUGUACAUCAUGGACUGGAUGGACGAGAUGAAGAUGCUACUGCUGUCUCAGGACUACGGGAAGCACCUGCUGGGCGUGGAGGACCUGAUGCAGAAGCACGCGCUGGUGGAGGCCGACAUCGCCAUCCAGGCCGACCGCGUCAAGGCCGUCAACAACAACGCACAGAAGUUCGCCAUCGACGAGAGCGGCUACAAGCCGUGUGACCCGCAGGUGAUCCGCGACCGCGUGUCCCAUAUGGAGUUCUGCUACCAGGAGCUGAUGCAGCUGGCGGCCGAGCGCCGCGCCCGCCUGGAGGAGUCCCGGCGCCUCUGGAAGUUCUUCUGGGAGAUGGCCGAGGAGGAGGGCUGGAUGCGCGAGAAGGAGCAGAUCCUGUCGUCCGACGACUGCGGCAAGGACCUGACGGGAGCGGCGCGGCUGCUGAGCCAACACCGCGCCCUGGAGGACGAGAUGAGCGGCCGCGCCGCCAAGCUCCACGCAACGGCCCAGGAGGGCGAGGAGAUGGCCGACGCGGGGCACUUCGGCGCGGACCGCAUCCGGGAGCGCGCCGGGGAAGUCAAGGCCCAGUGGGCCGCCCUGGAGGCGCUGGCCGCGGCCCGCAAGGCCCGGCUGGAAGAGGCCUGCGCCCUGCACCAGUUCCUAGUAGACGCGGACGACGCCGACGCCUGGACCCUGGACGCCCUGCGGGUGGUCUCCAGCGGCGACCUGGGCCACGACGAGUUCUCGGCCCGCGCGCUGGCCAAGAAGCACAAGGACGCGGCCGAAGAGGUCGCCAGCUACCGGCCCGCCUUGGACGCGCUGCACGAGCAGGCAAAGGCGCUGCCCGCCGAGCACGCCGAGUCGGAGGAGGUGAAAGGUCGGCUGGCGGGCAUCGAGGAGCGCUACGCGGAGGUGGCGGAGCUGACGCGGCUCCGGAAGCAGGCGCUCAACGACGCGCUGGCCUUCUACAAGAUGCAGAGCGAGGCGGAGGCCUGCGAGGUCUGGAUCGACGAGAAGCAGCAAUGGCUGGACCAACUGGAGAUCCCAGAGAAGCUGGAGGACCUGGAGGUUAUUCAGCACAGGUUUGAGAGUUUGGAGCCUGAAACCAACAACCAGGCGUCUCGUAUCGCCGUGGUCAACCAGAUCGCCAGGCAGCUGAUCCACAACGGACACCCGAGCGAGAAGGACAUCAAGGCCCAGCAGGACAAGCUGAACACCAGGUGGAGCGCGUUCCGUGAGCUGGUGGACCGCAAGAAGGAGCUGCUGCAGUCGGCGCUGGGCGUGCAGAACUACCACCUGGACUGCAACGAGACCAAGUCCUGGAUCCGGGAGAAGACCAAGGUCAUCGAGUCCACCCAGGAGCUGGGCAACGACCUGACGGGCGUCAUGGCACUGCAGAGGAAGCUGACGGGCAUGGAGCGCGACCUCGCCGCCAUCGAAGACAAGCUCGGAGACCUCAAGGGAGAGGCAGCCCGCCUGGCAGAGGAGCAUCCGGACCAGGCGACCGCCAUCACAGACCAGCUGACGGAGAUCGGAGCCGUCUGGGAGGAGAUGAAGGAGACGCUCAGGGCCCGCGAGGAGUCCCUCGGAGAGGCCUCCAAACUCCAGGGCUUCCUGAGGGAUCUGGAUGACUUCCAGGCCUGGCUGUCGCGCACGCAGACGGCCAUCGCCUCCGAGGACAUGCCCAACACGCUGGCCGAGGCCGAGAAGCUGCUGGCCCAGCACGAGGCCAUCAAGAACGAGAUCCGCAACUACGAAGAGGACUACCAGAAGAUGCGCGACAUGGGUGAGAUGGUGACGCGGGGCCAGACGGAUGCCCAGUACAUGUUCCUGAGGCAGCGGCUGCAGGCGCUGGACACCGGCUGGAACGAGCUCCACAAGAUGUGGGAGAACCGGCAGAACCUGCUGUCCCAGUCCCACGCCUACCAGCUCUUCCUGCGCGACACCAAGCAGGCCGAGGCCUUCCUCAACAACCAGGAGUAUGUGCUGGCCCACACGGAGCUGCCGGCCACGCUGGAGGGUGCGGAGACGUCCAUCAGGAAGCAGGAGGACUUCAUGACCACGAUGGACGCCAACGAGGACAAGAUCAACGGCGUGGUGGAGGCCGGCAGGCGGCUGGCCAGCGACGGCAACAUCAACGCAGACAAGAUCCUGGAGAAGGUGGACUCCAUCGACGACAGGCAUAAGAAGAAUCGUGAGUUGGCAGUGGACCUGCUGAUGAGACUGAAGGACAACAGAGACUUGCAGAAGUUCCUACAGGAUUGCCAAGAGCUGAACUUGUGGAUCAGUGAGAAGAUGCUGACGGCCCAGGACAUGUCGUAUGACGAGGCGCGCAACCUGCACAGCAAGUGGCUCAAGCACCAGGCCUUCAUGGCCGAACUGCAGUCCAACAAGGAGUGGCUGGACAAGAUAGACAAGGAGGGUAAGCAGCUGGUGUCUGAGAAGACGGAGCUGGAGGAGACGGUGCGUGAGCAGCUGGCCCUGCUGCAGCAGCAGUGGAGGGAGCUGGAGGACACCACCCAGACCAAGGCCCAGCGCCUCUUCGACGCCAACAAGGCCGAGCUCUUCACCCAGAGCUGCGCCGACCUGGACAAGUGGCUGGGCGGCCUGGAGGGACAGAUCCAGUCCGACGACUACGGCAAGGACCUGACCAGCGUCAACAUCCUGCUCAAGAAGCAACAGAUGUUGGAGAGCCAGGUGGAGGUGCGCCAGAGGGAGGUGGUGGAGCUGCAGUCGCAGGCGGUGGCCCUCAGCCAGGAGGGCCGGGACACAGAGGAGGUGGACGGCCAGCGGCAGGUGGUGGAGCAGAAGUUCAAGGAGCUGCUGGACCCCCUGCUGAAGAGGAAGAACAUGCUGCAGGCCUCCCGCGAGAUACACCAGUUCAACCGCGACGUCGAGGACGAGAUCCUGUGGGCUGAGGAGAGGAUGCCCAUCGCCACCUCCACUGACCACGGACACAACCUGCAGACAGUACAGCUGCUCAUCAAGAAGAACCAGACCCUCCAGAAGGAGAUCCAGGGCCACCAGCCGCGCUUCGACGACAUCUUCGAGCGUAGCCAGGCCAUCGUGGGCGGCGAGGGGCCCGAUGGCUCCCCAUUGAGCCCCGCCAGCCCCAGCGCAGAGCCCAUCCGCGCCCGGCUGGCCGACCUGCAGGCCCUGUGGGCGCAGCUCAAGGCCGAGGCCGACAACCGCCACGGCCGCCUGGAGGAGGCCCACAAGGCCCAGCAGUACUACUUCGACGCCGCCGAGGCCGAGGCCUGGAUGAGCGAGCAGGAGCUGUACAUGAUGUCCGAGGAGAAGGCGAAGGAUGAGCAGAGCUCGGUGGCCAUGCUGAAGAAGCACCAGAUCCUGGAGCAGGCGGUGGAGGACUACGCAGAGGCCGUGCACCAGCUCUCCAAGACCAGCAGGGGGCUGGUGGCCGCCGGACACCCAGAAAGUGAGAGGAUAGGCAUGCGCCAGUCGCAGGUGGACAAGUUGUACGCGGGGCUGAAGGACCUGUCCGAGGAGAGGAGGGGCAAGUUGGACGAGAGGUUCCGCCUCUUCCAGCUGAACCGGGAGGUGGACGACCUGGAGCAGUGGAUCGCCGAGAGGGAGGUGGUGGCCGGAUCCCACGAACUCGGACAGGACAUCGAGCACGUCACGAUGUUGCAGGAGCGUUUCCGCGAGUUCGCCCGGGACACGGGCACCAUCGGGCAGGAGCGCGUGGACUCUGUGAACCGCAUGGCAGACGAGCUUAUCAACGCUGGACAUGCCGACGCAGCCACUGUGGCCGAGUGGAAGGACGGUCUGAACGAGGCGUGGGCCGACCUGUUGGAGCUGAUCGACACGCGUACACAGAUCCUGGCGGCCUCGUACGAGCUGCACAAGUUCUACCACGACGCCAAGGAGAUCCUGAGCCGCGUGCUGGAGAAGCACAAGAGGCUGCCGGAGGAGCUGGGCAGGGACCAGAACACUGUGGAGACCCUGCAGAGGAUGCACACCACCUUCGAACACGACAUCCAGGCCCUGGGCACGCAGGUCAAGCAGCUGCAGGAGGAUGCGGCGCGUCUCCAGUCGGCGUACGCGGGCGACAAGGCGGAGGACAUCGCUCGGCGCGAGGGGGAGGUGCUGGAGGCCUGGCGGAGCCUGCUGGAGGCCUGCGACGGACGCCGCGCGCGCCUCCUCGACACCGGAGACAAGUUCCGCUUCUUCAGCAUGGUGCGAGACCUCAUGCUGUGGAUGGAGGACGUCAUACGCCUCAUCGAGGCCCAGGAGAAGCCCAGGGAUGUGUCCUCUGUGGAGCUCCUGAUGAACAACCACCAGGGCAUCAAGGCGGAGAUCGACGCCCGAAACGACAGCUUCACCGCCUGCAUCGAGCUGGGCAAGUCCCUGCUGGCACGCAAGCACUACGCAUCGGAAGAGAUUAAAGAGAAGUUGCUACAGUUGACGGACAAGAGGAAAGAGAUGAUUGACAAGUGGGAGGACAGAUGGGAGUGGCUAAGAUUGAUUCUGGAGGUGCACCAGUUUGGCCGUGACGCGGGGGUGGCGGAGGCGUGGCUGCUGGGCCAAGAGCCCUACCUGUCGAGUAAUGUGGCUGGCCAGAGCGUGGACGAGGUGGAGAAGCUGAUCAAGAGGCACGAGGCCUUCGAGAAGUCCGCCGCCACCUGGGAGGAGAGAUUCAGCGCACUGGAGAGACUGACUACGUUGGAAUUACUGGAAGUGAGAAGACAGCAAGAGGAGGAGGAGAGGAGGAGAAAACCCCCCAGCCCCGAGCCAGUGGCACAGGAGGUGCAGAGGGAAGGAGAGCAAGUGACACAGAACGGACUGUCAUCGGAUCAGGAUUCACCACGGGACGGCGUGGACGUCGGAGGGGAGAUCGUGAACGGCGUGGCGGAGCGUAGCUCCAAGGAGCCAAGCCCGCUGCCCUCCCCCACCUCCGGCAGGCGGCCCAAGGGCAGCCAGUCCUCCUCCACGCUGCCCGCCAAGGCCCAGGACCCUUCGUCGCCCUCCCCGGCCCAGCUGGAGGGCCUGCUGCACCGCAAGCACGAGUUCGAGGGACACAACAAGAAGGCCUCCAACAGGUCUUGGCAUAACGUGUACUGCGUGAUCAACAACCACGAGAUGGGCUUCUACAAGGACAACAAGAGUGCCACCCAGGGCAUCCCCUACCACAACCAGAUCCCCAUCAGCCUGAGGGACGCCUCCUGCGAGGUGGCCUCCGAAUACAAGAAGAAGAAGCACGUCUACAAACUCAAGGUUACAGACGGCAACGAGUAUCUCUUCCAAGCCAAAGAUGAUGAGGAGAUGAACACGUGGAUCCAGGCCAUCCAGAACGCCAGCGUGAGCUCCGGCUCGGGCUCGGCCUCCUCGGACAACAAGUCGGAGAUCUCGCCGCCUAGCAACCAGAGCACGCCCGCCAGCAGCCGCGCCCACACCCUGCCCGCCUCCGUCUCCAUGACAACCGAGUCCAGCCCGGGCAAGCGGGAGAAGGACAAGGAGAAGGAGAAGGAGAAGCGAUUCAGCAUCUUCAGCAAGAAGAAGUAGAUGUAGUAGCGGAGGAGUGCAAUGGAGACUAACCCCCCGACUAUCUAUCUAUCUUCUCUAUCUCUCCCUCUCUCUCGCUCUUCAGUAAGAAGAAAGGAGUAGUGGAAGCUCCCCCUGACUAUCUAUCUAUCUCUCAGCCUCUGACUAUCUAUCUAUCUUCUCUAUCUCUCCCUCUCUCUUGCUCUUCAGUAAGAAGACAGGAGUAGUGGAAGCUCCCCCUGACUAUCUAUCUAACUCUUGCUAUUCUCUCUCUCUCUCUCUCUCUCUCUCUCUCUCUCUCUCUCUCUCUCUCGUUCUCUCUCUCUCUCUCUCUCUCUCUCUCUCUCUCUCGUUCUCUCGUUCUCUCUCUUCAGCAAGAAGAAGCAGUAGAGGCUCCCCCUAUUAUCUAUCUCCAGAUCUAUCUUCAUCUAUCUCUCUUCCUGUUCCCUGUUAUCUUCUUGCUGAAGUGAGAUCUUGAGAAACAUGAUAAGAGAUAGAAAGAGAACUUUCUCUUUCGCUCUCUUUAUCUCUCGCUUUUUCUCUCGUUCUCUCUCUCUCUCUUUGUCUCUGUCACUUCUUAUCCGGUCAGAACAAAAAAAAUUGUAACCUUCAAAACCUGUAAACUACCCCUCACUACACGUUCUACUACUCCUACACAAAACACUUCACCCACCACCAAAUACACACCACCCGCCCGGUCUAACCACCUCCUCCUCCUCCUCCUCCUCCUCCUCCUCCUCCUCUACUCUGCUCCUCUUUUCUCGUUUUUUUUGUUUGUUUAUUUGUUUGUUUGUUUUCUACUUCUUGCUUGUGUGUGUAUGUACGUGAGUGUAUCUCCACAGCAGUGACGUUCCAGCAUGCAAGCUUGAGAACACACACUUCCAGAGCUCACCGGGCUCUGUGCCUAAAAUGUAAAGGGGUACCUAAAAUUCGGGAAAACACUGUUCACAUGAAAACAGGAAAUUAACAAAAAAACAACAUAAACAGGAAACAUGAAAAGUGAAGGUGAAAUAAAAAUGAAGUAAAAACUGAAGAACAUUUGAGCUGUUGAAAGAGCAGCGAGUUGGGGGGCAACCGCCCAUCUUAAAAUGUUUUAAGGACCAGAUUUUUUAACGUUUUUGGUUUUUGAUUUGUAUUACUGUUAGUAUUAUUAUUAUCUUGAAUUACAAUGUUUUAUUUUUUUCGGGAACAAUUUUAUGGAUAACUCGUUUUUUUGUAAUUGUCUAUCACCAAAGGGGUCUUGAAGUUUUGAACACAUUUCCUCAAUUUUUCUGAGGCUUCUGCCAACAGUGAUGUUUAGCAACAUUGUUCCCUUCAUCGUUGUUGUGGAAACAGACAGACAUUCUGAAUAGACAUUCUAUAGAACCUCAGCUGUUUCCUUAACAACAGAGGGGACAGGUGUUCUAUUUACAAAUUCCAGUCGAAACAGACCCAAAUUCAAAUGUCCAUUUUACCAGUAGAGCUACGAUAUAAUGAAUGAUUCACAAAUAGUCUUUCAAGCUAGACGCUACGUGCUGAGAUUUAAAAAUGGCAUAUUAUCGCUGAUAGGUCGAUAACGUUUCACCUCACAAUUUGCUCCAAUUUCACAGGCAUAAUAAUCUAACCUAGGUUCGGGUUGUGGAAGGAGGCAAGACAAAAGAUAUUAUCUCAGUCUUUCCAGAAUGUUCUAUAGAGGGAAACGUGUAACCCUACUAAUGUUUUUAAAUAUAUAUAAAUAUAUUUUACAUUUUUGUUUUUUCCCUUUUGUUUUAAUGCUUUUCCCAUAUUGUUUAUAUGUGUGUUGACUGCCAUUCCCUCUGGGUUGCAUCAUAAUAUAUGUUUUCAAAUAAGCAUAGUACAGAGUAUAAAAAGCUAGCUGUAUUAUAAACACUUUAAACAAAAAAGCAUCAAUGUUAGCCAGGGCAGGGUGGGGGGAGUUUAAAAAAAGCAUUUACUGGGAAUUUAAUAAAUGUAAUAAUAGCUCAAAAUAAACAAAAAACAGGGGGAGAAAUAAGACUUUAAAAAAUAUGGUUGCUUGCUUGUUGGCUUCAGCACUGUGCAUUAAUAUUGUUUUGUUAUUCUUUUCUGUUCAAUAUUUUUUUCUACAUUAUUCUGCUCUUUUCAUACAUAUUGUGCAUUUCUUCCGUCACUGUAUCUAUUGUACCGAAACUAAAAGAAAAAAACGAAUGAAUUUUCAUCUUUACUGCACAAUCAGAUAACUAAAAAAUAAAAUAAACGAAUAAAGUUAAAAAGACAUACUAGGAAUGGUAUCCUUUUUUGCGAGGUAUCCGGGGCAACUGGGUGUAUAUGCAAAACUCUUGCCCUGAGCCUCAUGAUGUAUGAAACUGCACCUGUAGAUCCCCUCUACCCUCCUUCCUCCCUCCCUCUCUCUCUCUCUCUCUCUCUCCCUCUCUCUCUCUCUCUCUCUCUCUCUCUCUGGUAAAUAUGUGCGAUGUCAUUAAAAUGCUUUUAAACAUUACAA